GUUAAAUUAAGUGCAUUUUCAUUUUUCCAAUUAGUUGCACAUUUACCGGUGACAUUUAAUUUUUUGUCCAUAACAAAUAGAAUUUUUGUAUUACUUUUAGUAAUUGCGAGGAAGAAAUAACUAAAUAAAAAUGUUAAACAGUAUUUUUCAUAGAUUGAACGUUUCAAGACUGGGUAAGGUUGGCUUUUCAACAACGUCUAUUUAUAAUCAACCAAAAACAGCAGUUUUAAUGUUGAAUAUGGGUGGCCCAGAAACAACAGAUGAAGUUCAUGAUUAUUUAUUAAGAAUAAUGACUGAUCGAGAUAUGAUUCAAUUACCCGUGCAAGGAAAGUUGGGGCCAUGGAUAGCACAACGUCGCACUCCCGAGGUUCAAAAAAAAUAUAAAGAAAUUGGUGGAGGAUCUCCAAUAUUAAAAUGGACAAAUACUCAAGGCGAACUAAUGUGUAAAGAAUUGGAUAAGAUAUCGCCAGAAACUGGCCCACAUAAGCACUACGUUGGCUUUAGAUAUGUUCGCCCAUUUACAGAAGAUACACUGAGUGAAAUUGAACGAGAUAAACCAGAACGAGUUGUUAUAUUUUCGCAAUAUCCUCAGUAUAGUUGUGCUACAUCCGGAUCUAGCUUUAAUUCAAUUUAUGAUCACUAUAAAAAGAAUAAACUUCCAUCAAACAUAAAAUUUAGUGUAAUUGAUCGUUGGGCAACACAUCCUCUUUUAGUAAAAGUAUUUGCUGAACGUAUAAAAGCUGAACUUAUUAAGUUUCCUGAAGACAAACGCAAAGAUGUUGUUUUACUGUUUUCCGCCCACUCACUGCCGCUGAAAGCUGUAAAUAGGGGUGACGCGUAUCCAUCUGAAGUUGGAGCUUCAGUAGAAAUGGUUAUGAAAGAAUUAGUUUAUAGUAAUCCACAUUGUUUAGCUUGGCAAUCCAAAGUUGGGCCACUUCCUUGGCUAGAACCAGCAACUGAUGAUGCUUUAAAGGGAUAUGUCAAACGUGGUCAUAAGAAUUUUAUACUAGUGCCGAUUGCUUUUGUCAAUGAACACAUAGAAACCUUACACGAACUAGAUAUAGAGUACUGUGAUGAACUUGCGAAAGAGAUUGGGGUUGAACAAAUAAAACGUGCGGCAGCUCCAAAUGAUCAUCCAAUUUUCAUUCAAGCAUUAGCAGAUGUUGUAGCAACUCAUCUCAAAUCUAAUAAAUUAAUCAAUCCAAAAUUUUUAAUUCGUUGUCCCUUAUGUGUUAAUCCAAGAUGUAGUGAAAGCAAAGGAUGGUACAAACAUAUUUGCCAAAGUGCAAUUUGAAGACAUUACAAAAAAGGAAUUCAGUGGGCAAUUUUUUUUAUUUAUAAAAGGGUAUGGUAAAAGUUAAAUAAAAAUUGUUACAAAUCAUUUAAAAUUAUAAA